CAUGUCACUGGCCACAUGUCACACACAUAAAAAACCGGUGGGUCAAUGACGUCGGACCUGUUAUACAAGGAAUAAAAAUAUACAAAAAGUAAAAAAAACACAAGCAAUGGAAAUAAACGAAUCCGUUAUUAAGGAGGAGGUUGGAAAUUUUUUAAAUAGCCUGCAGAAGUUAUUACCGAAGAAAAAGGACUUCAUAGUUAUACGGAAUGACAAACCCACUUUGACAAGACUAAGUGAUGUUCACGCGGAGGCAAAGAAAGUAUUUCCACAAUGUUUUGUUGGUGCCAAAAUGGUUAUUAUGAGGGAUGUACUUGAAAAAGUGAAAUUGGUACAAAAUUAUAACUUAGGGAAAUCGAAAGACUCUUACAAAUGUUUCUCACAACUUAUACAUAAGGAAAUGGAUGAAAAGAAUGUCGCAGACGGUUUGUUGGUUGACUCGGCUGGGUCAGCAACAGCAACGUAUACUGAAAAAAUGAACGAUUACGAGAUGAAACUGACAUCCAAGAUAAAAGAUUUAGUGUCAUCAGAAACAGAGAUAUCCUUUGAAACCGAUAGUAAAAAAUCAAUAAGGUCCAUGUCAUUUGCGUUAAAGGACGCAGAUCCAAAUACACUUAAGGUUGUCACCCAGUGGAUGUACAAAGUCUCGCCAGAGUUUUGUGUUGGCAGCGAAAUGGGAUUUAAACUGUUAUCGUACCCUUUGUCUCCAGAACUAUCGAUCAGUGCAAGAUACGACAAACCUGCGUUUACUCUGUCAUCAACUAUCAGUCGGGCCGGUUACCAAGUGUGUUUAUUCAAACCUUUCACGUCAGAUUUGCGAAUAGCCACGAUUAUUAACGAGAACAAUCGAGGUGGUUCCGCCACAAUAGGUCUCGCGUUGCACAAAAGCUACGAAAAUUCUGAAUUGAAAAUUUUCGUUGACUCGCAACGUUGCGGAGGCUUCACUUUUGAAAAGGAUGUUUUGUUCAAAGAGCAGCAAAACGAUGUAAGAGUUAUUCGAUUAAUGGUCAGCACUAUCAUCGAUCGCCAGAAGCGAGUCCGAUGCGGUUUCGGUUUCAAUCUAGACUUCUAAAUCACGUUAAAAUUACAGUCAUCAAACCUUUUUGUAGUAUUAUUUGUUUGUAUAUAAGUAUACAUAGGUUUUAGUUAUUGUUUACUCUUGAUAAUGAUUGUGAUUAAAGUUUAGAAGUGAUUAAAAUUAUUGAUAUAUUAUAAGCACGGUGUUUCUUUAAUAUCGGAGCGUAAG